AUGCCGAAUAGCCGCUGCGGGCAGCUGAAGACAGAAGCUGCCACCGAAUUGCCGCUGCUGCGGAAACGCGUGUGCCAACCUAGUAGCACACGGACUGCCCCCACCGUCCACGGCGGCAGGAAAAUGGUGAAUGUAAGCUACAAAGUUCUCUUUGCUCUGGCCAUCUGGACGAUCACAGAGGCCUUUCCCAAAGGCGCUGAGAGGACAAAAUGCCACCUCGCACAAUACAAGUCCCUGCCACCUCGGGAACUGGAGGCCUUCAAGAAAGCCAAGGACAAAUUUGUGCACGAUAGAGUCAUCCUGGUAGAGAAGGAGCUAGACUUUGCCACCAACGUGCUGGAGAACGUUGAGGACCCCAGUCUGUCCAAGCUGCUCUCAAGGCCGCUAGAAAUCCUGACGCAGAUCAGAGGGGACCUGAGGGACUGCACCAGACAAACUCAUUCUCAUCGACACUCCAGGAGGCUGAACAAUUGGCUCCAAAAUUUCCAUGAGAGCAAAGAGACGGAAACACCUGGCUGCCUGGAAGCAUCUGUGAUCCUCAAUCUCUUCCGGCUGCUGAACGAAGACUUGAGAUGCGCAGCCUACACGGAGCUCUGUGUGUAGCCAUCUGGUCUCUGCAGUGCGUGUGUGAACCAGGAACAUUCAUCUUCUCCCUCUGGCUUCUGAUCAUAGAUCCCCAAGCAAACUGAUUCCAUCCUUUUAUACCAAAGAAUUAUGCAACAGUUGGCCUCCAGGUUACUCCAAUUUCCAGCUGGUGCAGCACUCUAGGCUCCUUAGACUUCACUAGGAUUUGGUCCUCUGGGGAUAUUAUUUAUUGAAUGUAAUUGUAUUGUCACUAUAUGGAAGCAUUUUAGUCAGGGUAACAUGUCCCAAAAUAUUGGAAACAUUUAAUAAGCUUUAAUUUUUUUAAAAAACAACACUUGAGUUCUAGGAUUUACACACUAGUCAUGGCUUCGGGUCUCUUAGAAACAACCUCAGGAAAUGAAUUAAUAUUGAAGUUUGGAAGUUCUUACUGUACAGAUCCUCGACAGAUGUAUUUAUACAGAGUAUAUUUUUACUUUGCUGCUUCUUUACGUAUUAUUACCCAGCUAAGAAGAGUAAUUGGUUUGUAUAACUUCCCGACUUGAACCAAAGUGUUAUUUAUUAUGGAUCAGCUAUUUAUUUUUAUGUAUUUAUUUAUUACUAAGA